AUGAAGGAAAUGUCCUGCUUCUGCUUGGCUUUUUCUUCCUUGUUGGAACAGAUGGUGAAGGCUUACAAAUACGUGACUGGUAAUUUUUCAGUGACUCAUAGCUCAGAGCCACAGGUUUCAGAUGGUGAUAAGAAGCUCACCAGGAUGGAUGUAAGCAUGCUUGAGGAGCAGUAUGACCAUAUAAAGCAGAAGCAAAAACUUCAACCACACAUUAUUGUAUAUAAAACAGGUGGACAUGAAUCUGUUCUGCCAGAAUCAAUGAUCAACCCUGUUCUAAUUAAUAAGAAAGUUAAAAGAUCAAAGUCAUGUAGAGGAGACGUCCCUGUCAGAAAGGUCCCACUGGAGACAACCAACGGUGGUGACUCAGAAGAGGAUUUGCUAUGGCGCGUCCACCUGGGAAGGCACCGCCUGGGGCAGGCCCUGGGGCAAGGAGAUUCCUGGGAUCUCUCCCACUGCAGCAGCACACCAUGGAGUUUUGACAACCAGAGACUGAUUUCAAAGGGAAAUGGCACACUGCAGACCAAGGAACCAGCAGGAGCAAGUGAACUGGCUGAGCUCAGGCAGCUGGGAAGCUCAAGUGUGUUCAACAGUCUCAGCAGAGAGAACGGCUGCAACAUUUCAAGCUCCUGCCAAAAGCCUCCUCUGAAAUCACCCACUGCAGCACUUUGGGCACAUCAGCACAUUUCUGCUACAAAAGGCAUGCCAGCCUGCAACAAACUGACCUUUUACCCUUUCCCAAGUAGGAAAGGGCCCAGAAUUUCUGAAGCUGCAAGGAGGCUUGGGUUAUAUGUCUCGCAAUGA